AUGGACAUGAAGCUCAAGCUCGUUGUCGUUGGACCCGCGCGGUGCGGCAAGACUCGGCUGAGCGACUACCUUUCGGGCUAUGACGAGAGCCCAAGCUAUGACAACUACAGCCCCACGGCAGGAGUCCGGAUCUUGGAGUUCGAACGGGAGGUGCGCAGCAAGGACGGACGGGUGACGCGGGUCUCAGCCGAGCUGUGGGACACCUCGGGUGAUAAGAAGUACGAGGACUGCUGGCCCGCCAUCACGCACAAGGCUUCGGGCGUGAUACUGGCGUACGAUCCAACGGCGAGGACGCAGGAGAAGGACAUCGAGCUCUGGCACAAGGCUUUUGUCGCGCCGCUUCGCCUCUCCGACGCGCAGCAGCUGCUCUGCGCACACCAGAGAGACCCCGUUGGAAAGCGGAGCUGGCAGCCGCCCCGCGCGCUCGAGAAGCUGCCCUUUGUCGCGUCGGGGCUCGACAACGAGGACGGCGCUGCCGACCUGCGAAGGGCCUUUGACAGCUUCCUCGUAGGCGUGGUGCGCGCGGUCGCCGAUGAGAGCAAGGCCGACACUGAUGCGAUGAUGCAGUCGCUAGCUUGA